AACAUCUCCGAAUGCCAAGCCAAGCCAUGGGGGGUACACAACUGUCAACACGUGGAGGAUGCCAGCGUUGAGUGCUCAGGUAGCCCGGGAUGGCGGUGAUCCAGCUGUGCAUCACCUCCACCCCUGCAUCCCGUCCUGCUGUACUGGCAGUGACACACAACUGUUCUCCAACUGUUCCCCUUGGGGCACCCACAGACUCCAGCAUCUCUGCCCUGGGCACCCUCCAGCUGCUCAACGGCCCCAACCGCUGUGCCGGGAGGGUGGAGGUGCUCCACGACCACAUGUGGGGGACAGUCUGCGAUGACGGCUGGGACCUGGCGGAUGCGGCAGUGGUGUGCCGGCAGCUGGGCUGCGGCACGGCACUGUUGGCCACCAGCGGGGCUCACUUCGGGAGGGGCCACGAUCCCAUCUGGUUGGACGACGUGAACUGCACCGGUACCGAGGACACACUUUUUGACUGCCAAGCCAGCACGUGGAGGGACAACAACUGCUUCCACGGGGAAGAUGCUGGAGUCAUAUGUUCAGCUUCAGGGGUGCCCGUGGCUGCUGAGGUCCGCCUGGCCAACGGUUCGACGCGCUGUGAAGGCAGGGUGGAGGUCACCCACGACGGCACUUGGGCAUCCCUGUGUGAUGAAGGCUGGGAUCUGGCCGAGGCUCAAGUGGUGUGCAAGCAGCUGGGCUGUGGGAGAGCGCUGCUGGCACCUGGCGGGUCACAUUUUGGGCAAGGACCAGCACAAAUGUGGCCCAACAGCGUGAGCUGCACAGGCAUGGAGACUGCCCUCUCUGUGUGCAAGGUGAACCCCCGGGGCAAUGCCAGUUGUCACCAUGGGAGAGAAGCUGGAGUGGUAUGUGCAGGUAAUUCUGAGGAUGACCAGGUCCGGCUGGUGAACUAUGGCAGCCGCUGCGCUGGCAGGGUUGAGGUCUUCCAUAACAAGCAGUGGGGGACAGUGUGUGAUGACAACUGGGACCUGCUGGACGCUGAGGUCGUCUGCCGGCAGCUGGAGUGCGGGCGAGCGUUGUCAGCCCCCAGGGGGGCUCAGUUCGGGCGUGGGGACGGCAUCAUCUGGAUGGAUGAGACAAACUGCACAGGGAUGGAGCGCACGCUGUCCGCCUGCCAGGCCCGGCCAUGGGGCAUCAAUAAUUGCUACCACGGGGAAGAUGCCGGUGUUGUUUGCUCAGACUCGAUCAUCCCCGAGCCAGCUCAUCUCCAGCUAGCAAAUGGCUCGCACCGCUGCACUGGCAGAGUCGAGGUGCUUCACCAGGGGGAGUGGGGAGCCAUCUGCGACCACGGCUGGGAUAAGCAGGACGCCGAGGUCGUGUGCCGGCAGCUGGGCUGUGGGACAGCACUGCCGGCAUUGGAGGGGGCAGAUUUUGGUGCCGGACCCCCACGCAUCUGGCUGGACAAUGUGAACUGCCAGGGGACGGAGCCAGCCCUUACAAAAUGCCAGGCGAGCCCGUGGGGAGAGAGCAGCUGCAGCCAUGGAAAGCACGCCAGCGUGGUAUGCUCAGGCUCGGCUGUUUCCAGCUUUGCACCCAUUCGGCUGGCGGAUGGCCCAGGUCGCUGCGCUGGGAGGGUCGAGGUGUUUCACAAUGAGAAAUGGGGGACGGUGUGUGAUGACAGCUGGGACUUUGCGGAUGCCAAAGUGGUGUGCCGGCAGCUGGACUGCGGGAUGGUGAUAUCUGCUCCGUGGCGGGCUCACUUCGGGCAGGGACAGGGACCCAUCUGGCUGGAUGACGUGCAUUGUACAGGGACCGAAGCAGCCCUCUCCGAAUGUAGAGCCAAGGGCUGGGGUGUCCGUGGAUGCGAGCAUGGAGAAGAUGCCAGCGUGGUGUGCUCAGGUAACCACCUCCCACCAUGCCUCCGCCUGGUGAACGGCUCAGACCCGUGCUCCGGGAAAGUUGAAGUGUUUCAUGAUCAGCGCUGGGGGGGCAUCUGCACUGACGGAUGGGACCUGGCCGAAGCCCACGUGGUGUGUCGGCAGCUGGGCUGCGGGGUGGCACACUCGGCCACAGGGUCUACGCAGUUUGGGACAGGAGAUGGCCUGAUCUGGGUGGAUGCUGUGGAAUGCACCGGGACGGAGGGGGCCCUCUUCGAAUGCAAGGUCAAGCUCUGGGGCACUGAGAGCUGCAAGUCAAAAGGGCACGCAGGCGUCUUGUGCUCUGCAGCCACAGUCCUGCGGCUGGUGAAUGGCCCACACCGCUGUGCUGGGAGGGUAGAGGUCUUUCACAACCAGCAGUGGGGGACGGUCUGCGAUGACGGCUGGGACCUGAAAGACGCGGCCGUCGUGUGCCGGCAGCUGGGCUGCGGGACAGCCAUGUCAGCCCCAGGUUUAUCUGGGUUUGGGCAAGGAUCUGGCCCCAUCUGGCUAGAUAGGGUGAGUUGCGUUGGGACAGAAGCCACCCUCGCUGAAUGCCCGGUCAAGCCAUGGGGACACCAUGCAUGUAAUCAUGUGGAAGAUGCCAGCGUUGUGUGCUCAGGGAUUGCCAGCAUCCCCAGGCUUCGCCUGGUGGGUGGUUUGAGCGAGUGCGCUGGGAGGGUCGAGGUGUUUUAUAACAACAAGUGGGGGACGGUCUGCGAUGACAGCUGGGACCUGAGCGACGCAGCGGUGGUCUGCCGGCAGCUGGGCUGCGGGGUGGCCCUCUCGGCCCCUGGCUCGGCUCGGUUUGGGUGGGGAGCCGGCCCCAUCUGGCUGGACGACGUGAGCUGCGUGGGGGAGGAAACCGACUUCUCCGAGUGCCGAGCCAAGAUGUGGGGCAUCCACAACUGCCACCACGGGGAAGAUGCUGGCGUGGUGUGCGCAGGCAACUCUAGCUCAGCCAACCUGAGGCUGGUGAACGGGCCACACAGCUGCGCCGGGAGGGUGGAGGUCUUCUACGCUGGGCAGUGGGGGACGGUCUGUGACGACGGCUGGGACCUGAACGACGCGGCGGUGGUGUGCAGGCAGCUGGGCUGUGGCAGAGCUCAGGCAGCCCAGGGCCGGGCUUACUUCGGGCAGGGCAUGGGGCGCAUCUGGCUGGACGAUGUGGGCUGCACUGGCCGUGAGGAAGCCCUUGCCCAGUGCCCAGCCCGUCCCUGGGGUCACAGCAACUGCAACCACGGAGAAGACGCCAGCGUGGUGUGCUCAGGUGCUGGCACAACCAACGCGACUGUCCGGCUUGUGGAUGGCCCGCAUCGCUGCGCUGGGAGGGUGGAGGUCUUUCACGACCAGCAGUGGGGGACGGUCUGUGACGACGGCUGGGACCUGAACGACGCGGCGGUGGUGUGCCGAGAGCUGGGCUGCGGGGUGGCUGUCGCGGCCCCGGCAGGGGCUUCCUUUGAGAGGGGACAGGAUCCCAUCUGGCUGGACAGGGUCACCUGCAUUGGGGGGGAGAAUACCCUCACGGAGUGCCGGGCCAGGCCCUGGGGAGUCAAUAGCUGCACCCAUGAGGAGGAUGCCAGCGUGGUCUGCUUAGACCUGUCCAGAGCAGAGGUGGCAGAGGUCCGCCUGGCCGAAGGAGCGAACGGCUGCGCCGGGAGGGUGGAGGUCUUCUACGCUGGGCAGUGGGGGACGGUCUGUGACGACGGCUGGGACCUGAACGACGCGGCGGUGGUGUGCAGGCAGCUGGGCUGUGGCAGAGCUCAGGCAGCCCAGGGCCGGGCUUACUUCGGGCAGGGCAUGGGGCGCAUCUGGCUGGACGAUGUGGGCUGCACUGGCCGCGAGGAAGCCCUUGCCCAGUGCCCAGCCCGUCCCUGGGGUCACAGCAACUGCAACCACGGAGAAGACGCCAGCGUGGUGUGCUCAGGUGCUGGCACAACCAACACAUCAACUGUCCGGCUUGUGGACGGCCCGCAUCGCUGCGCUGGGAGGGUGGAGGUCUUUCACAGCUGGGAAUGGGGGACAAUCUGUGAUGACAACUGGGAUCUGAACGACGCAGCGGUGGUGUGCCGAGAGCUGGGCUGCGGCAGAGCCAUAGCAGCACCCAGCCAGGCUCACUUUGGGCAGGGUACAGGGCACAUCUGGCUGGAUGAUGUGGGCUGCAACGGGACGGAGGAAACCCUUGUCCAGUGCCGAGCCCGUCCCUGGGGACAGAGUAACUGCCACCACAGAGAAGAUGCUGGCGUGACAUGCUCAGAUACCAACGUCACAGAGGAGGUACAGGUCCGCUUGGCUGAUGGCCCAAACCGUUGUGCUGGGAGAGUGGAGGUGCUUCACGAACACCGGUGGGGGACCAUCUGUGAUGACGGUUGGGAUUUGAAGGAUGCCAAGGUCAUCUGCCGGCAGCUGGGCUGUGGGACAGCUGUGUCAGCCCCAGGCCAAGCUCAUUUCAGGCAAGGGUUGGACCCCAUCUGGCUGGAUGACGUGGAGUGCACCGGCAUGGAGACCACCUUCUCCCAGUGCAGCCUUAACAGCUGGGGACUCCAUAACUGCAACCACGAGGAAGACGCAGGAGUCGUGUGCUCAGGCACAACCCCCUUGCAGAUGCGGGUGCAGGACGGCCCCGGUCCCUGCGCGGGGCGGGUGGAGGUGCUCUACAACGCUACCUGGCACGGGGUGUGCAGCAACGGCUGGAGCUUGCUGGAAGCCGGGGUGGUCUGCAGGCAGCUGGGCUGCGGGCCAGCCCAGUCAGCGCCUGUGGGAGCCCAGUUCAGCCAGGGGGACGGCCAUGCCUUGCUGGAGGGACUGAGCUGCCGGGGGACGGAGUCGCUGCUCCUGGAGUGCCAGCAGAGAGAGAUGGGGCUGGGGCCGUGCAGGCAGGGCUCGGCAGCUGGAGUGGUGUGCACAAAGCCAAAAGGUGCUUCAUCAUCCUGCUCGGCGCUGAUAGCACUGCUGGCCCUGGUAAUGCUGCUGAGUGGGGUUCUGCUGUGGCUCAGCCUGAAGAGGAGGUGCAUGGUAGCAGCCCAGGCUGGAGCCCGCUGGCGCCCCGGGGACCAGAGCACUUCAGCAACAUCCUUCCAGCCCAUGGGGGCCAUCUACCACCCCAGCAAAGCAGAAGCCUCCGAGGACACCAACGCCGAGACAACACAGCUCAUGAAGGAAGACGCUGCCCCGUGA